UAGUACGUCGAUCACAUCGUGUUGAAGAUGAACGGGUGGCAGCGACAGAGCCAAAAUAAAAGCCGGAACCUGAGGAGAGAGUGUUCCAGAAGGAAGUGUAUCUUCAUACAUCACCAUACCUGAAAGCAGAACCCAGUCCAACCACAGACAUGGCAGCUGAGUCCCUGCCUUUCACCUUGGAGGCGGUAUCCAGCUGGGAGCUGGAAGCCUGGUAUGAGGAUCUGCAGGAGGUGCUGUCCUCAGAUGACAAUGGGGGUCCCUAUAUUUCACCCCCUGGAAACGAGGAGGAAGAAUCGAAAACCCUCACCACUCUUGACCCCGCAUCCCUAGCGUGGCUGACUGAGGAGCCAGGGCCAGCAGAGGUCACAAGCACCUCGCAGAGCCCUCGCUCUCCAGAUUCCAGUCAGAGUUCCAUGGCUCAGGAGGAGGAGGAGGAAGGAAAAUCUAGGAAACGGAAACAGAGUGGUCAGUGCGCGGCCCGGGCUGGGAAGCAGCGCAUGAAGGAGAAGGAACAGGAGAACGAGAGGAAAGUGGUACAGCUGGCCCAGGAGAACGGACGGCUCAAGCAGGAAAUCGAGCGCCUGACCAGGGAGGUGGAGGCCACUCGCCGGGCUCUCAUCGACCGCAUGGUGAAUCUGCACCAAGCAUGAACAAUUGGGACCAUCGUUCCCCAGCUCGGGUCACCUCCCGGCUCUCCUGGAGCGUAGCAAACACCAUCCCACCAAGGCUGAGGAUGGACCCUCAACUGCAUGCUGAGUAGGGAGAACAAAGGGUCUCGGCUGUGUGUGUGUAUACAUGUAUAUACAUAUAUAGUGUCCAUUCUUUAUUGUUGUCCAUACCCAUUAAAUGACUUUCUAUGAACAACC